AUGGACACACAAGCAGGAAUAUCUCAGAAGGACAUCUAAUGUUAUCCCCGGAUUGUGAAAUAAAAGAUAAUGACAGUAGACAGGAUUCUCCAGGAGAUAACCCCAUUACCCCAAUUAUACAUCCAGCUCUAUCAGCUGAUCCCCCUGAUCCUGGGGAAUGUUCUCCUGAUCACUCUGAUAUUGGUGCAUCUGUUACAGCUCUGACAGUAGAUACAGUGUUUCCCUGUUCUACAGAUGCAAGAUGUUUUACACAGAACACAAAGCCUAUUACCCAUCAGACAGGUAAGGUAGGUGAGAGGCCACUGAUAUGUCUGGAGUGUGAGAAAUGUUUUACAUACAAAUCAGAUCUUGUUAUACAUCAGAGAAGUCACACAGGUGAGAAGGCAUUUCCAUGUUCUGAGUGUGGGAAAUGUUUUGCACGGAAAUCACGUCUUGUUAGACAUCAGAGAAGUCACACAGGUGAGAAGCCGUUUCCAUGUUCUGAGUGUGGGAAAUGUUUUGCACAGAAAUCAGAUCUUGUUAAACAUCAGAGAAGUCACACAGGUGAGAAGCCAUUUCCAUGUUCUGAGUGUGGGAAAUGUUUUACACGGAAAUCAGAUAUUGUUAUACAUCAUAGAACUCACACAGGUGAGAGGCCAUUUCCAUGUUCUGAGUGUGGGAAAUGUUUUACACAGAAAUCAUAUCUUGUUAUACAUCAGCGUACUCACACAGGUGAGAAGCCAUUUCCAUGUUCUGAGUGUGGGAUAUGUUUUGCACACAUAUCAAAUCUUGUUAUGCAUGAGAGAAGUCACACACGUGAGAAGCCAUUUUCUUGCUCUGAGUGCAGGAAAAGUUUUACCUGGAAAUCCCUACUUGUUAUACAUCAGAGAAGUCACACAGGUGAAAAGCCUUUUCCAUGUUCUGAGUGUGGGAAAUGUUUUGCAAACAAAUCAGAUCUUGUUAAACAUCAGAGAAGUCACACAGGUGAGAAGCCAUUUCCAUGUUCUGAGUGUGGGAAAUGUUUUGCACAAAAAUCAGAUCUUGUUAAACAUAACAGAAGUCACACAGGUGAGAAGCCAUUUCCAUGUUCUGAGUGUGGGAAAUGUUUUACACAGAAAUCACAACUUGUUACACAUCAGCAAAGUCACACAGGUGAGAAGCCAUUUCCAUGUUCUGAGUGUGGGAAAUGUUUUGCACACAAAUCAGAUCUUGUUAGACAUAACAGAAGUCACACAGGUGAGAGGCCAUUUCCAUGUUCUGAGUGUGGGAAAUGUUUUACACGAAAAUCACAUCUUGUUGGACAUCAGCGCAGUCACACAGGUGAGAGGCCAUUUCUAUACUCCGAGAAAUAAAUCAUCUCUUUUUGCACACUAUAGACAUCACUCAGGUGAGGAACCAUUUUAAUCUUCUGGAGUAUACUCAUCAUUGCCAUGCAUUGUUCUUCAAGGUUCUUAUCCUAUCUCCUAUGCUUUUUGCAAUAUACAUGCUACCGCAGGGUGAAAUAAUCAGCUGUCAUGCCCUCAUCUACCACUGCUAUGCAGAUGACCUGUCUCUUGCUCCAGGUACUGAGAACCUAGUACCAAUCCUAAAUGGUUGUCUAGCUGAGCUCCAGGUGUGGGUGAUGCCAGUUGGCUGUGACUCAGUCCUGGUGAAACAGGUCUUUAUGGUAGAAUCUCACCAACAAAGGGCAGGGCUACAGCUCAGCUUUGCAAACCAACCAGAAUUACGCUUGGGGGUUCAGAGUUACAAAAUGCUGAUCAUGGGGGUGAUUCCGAGUUGUUCGCUUGCUAGCUGAUUGUAGCAGCAUUGCACACGCUAGGCCGCCGUCCUCUGCGAGUGUAUCUUCGUUUAACAGAAUUGUGAACGAAAGAUUAGCAGAAUAGCGAAUAGAAAAUUCUUAGCAGUUUCUAAAUAGCUCCAGAUUUACUCCUACACUGCGAUCAGCUGAGGCCGUUUCGUUCCUGGUUUGACGUCACAAACACGCCCUGCGUUCGGCCAGCCACUCCCCCUUUUCUCCAGACACUCCCGCGUUUUAUCCUGGCACGCCUGCGUUUUUCUGCACACUUCCAGGAAACGGUAAUUUUUCGGCCAGAAACACCCACUUCCUGUCACUCCCACUCCGAUCACUUCAACUAUGGAAAUUCUUCGUUCUGCCAUGAGUAAAUCUACAAAGUUUUGAGCUAAUAUACUUAGCGCUCUGCAUACCAUGCGCAUUUUCGCAUUAAUCGCUCCGUUGCGAAAAUCAGCAACGAGCGAACAACUCAGAAAUUACCCCCCAUAUGCGAAAUCUUGGUGUCCUGGAUGGUGUUGUCACACUUAGACAUCAGGUAUCAGCCACAAUCAUUUCCUCAUCUGAGGAACAUAGCCAGACUCCAGCACUUAUUUCCCUCAGAAGAUCUACCUACCGUCAUACAUGUACUUGUAUCAUCAUGCAUAGACUACUGCAAUGUCCUCUACCUGGGUCUCCAAGCAAUAGAAUUGCACCGGUUGUAGCUUGUACAGAAUGCAGCAGCCAGGCUGUUACCUAACCAGCCCGUUCCUGUCACAUAACACCCAUUCUCUGCUCCCUUCACCGGCUGCCUGUAAGAUGGUGACUCUAUUACAUAAUCUUACUGACUCUCCCAGCCCUACAUGACCAGGGUCCAUGGUACCAGAAGCAGCUUCUGCCUCCUUACUGCCCUGCUUUCUUACUUCCAUCUGCAGAUGAAGGACUGUUACCAGCAGUACCAAGAAUCCCCAAGCAGUGCUGAGAUGUCAGGGGGGAGACAGGGUGGUGGCACUAGUGCUGUAGUAGGGGCUGCCAGAGGCAGUGUCUGUGGGUAAUAUUGUCCCCAAGCAGUGCUAAGGUGUCAGAGGGUAGACGAGGUAGUUGCAGUAGUGGGGGAGGACAGAGUGGGUGGCAGUAGUGUGGGGAGACAGGGCGGGUGGCAGUAGCGGAAAGAGAGGGUGGAUGGCCGCAGUGCAGUACCAGGGGCUGCUGGAGACAGUAAAGAGGUGUAUGGGUCCCGCACAGAACCAGUUGAUAAUUAGACUUAAUGAUGAUUAUGCUUCCUUAUGUCUAAUUAAUCCCUUGUAUGUGUUACUGUUAUUUGCUGUGUCAGCCUUUAUGUGUGUUCUGUGUAAUAAUCCUGAAAGUAGUGCUGCUACCGAUCUCAUCAUUUGUAGUAACUUGGAAAAGAUGAGAUAUGAUGUGCACUCUGGAAGCUUAUAGGGGGUUAAUCAGAGAUGAACACAGAUGUGACAUCAUGCAGCCCCUGGAAAAUGGUCCCGGCCCACCCACGUUCACCCCUCAGGGAUGCUGCCACAAUGUGUGUGUCUCUGCGGCCUCUACACGUGCAUUUUGUCACCACCGGCAAACCGCUGCGGGCCACUAUUGCGGUUGGGUCUGAAUGACCCCCAUAGUGUUUUGGAUCUCCUGAUAUGUAGCUGUUUUACUUACCUGCAAUACUAUAAUGUAACUUGAAUUGUUUCUGUGAUUUAAACGAUAUUUUAUCCAUGUUGUGCAGAGUAAAGUAUUUUUUAAGUUUAA